GUCCCGCCUGUCUUCAGAGCCUGUCCCGGAAGUGCUGCUGUCGGAGCGGGCGUGAUGGCUUCAAGGUUACUCCGCGGAACUGGAGCGCUGGUGGCGCAGGCCCUGAGGGCCCGCGGUCCCAAUGCGGCGGCCGCGGUGCGCUCCAUGGCGUCUGCAGGCGGUGUUCCUACUGACGACGAACAGGCGACUGGGCUGGAGCGGGAGGUCAUGUUGGCUGCACGGAAGGGACUGGACCCAUACAAUAUGCUAGCCCCAAAGCCAGCUUCAGGGACCAAGGAAGACCCUAAUUUAGUCCCUUCCAUCACCAACAAGCGAAUAGUGGGCUGCAUUUGUAAGUACCUCAUCACUAUUUCCUUAUUUUUCUUUAAUAUGCCCUAUUCUACAGGAUGUCCGAAAACUGCUUCACAUCUUUUGUGGGAUUGUAUGUGUGUAAAGAGGAUAUGUUUGUAAAAAAGUUGUUCUAAGGGUCCUGGCCCUCUCAAUCCUCCUUAUACCUGAGUAGGUCAUCCUUACUAUCAACGGCAUAGAAUAUCUAAUGCUGGCUCACUGGAGGUGCACCAUGAAGGUGUAUUCAUCCAGAAGAUACUUAUUGUACUUGCUCUUUGCUAGGUACCAUUUUAGGCAGUAGGGUUGCAUAUCAGAAUGACCCUCCUUUGGGAUGCUGCACAGGCAGGGGAACUGUUAGAACCUACACUGAUUCUGAUAUAUGGUCAGUUCACUCACAGGUAAACUCUGGGCCUCCGUUUCCUCAUCUGGAAAAUGGGGGGAUACCUUGAACUGAUCUCUCAAGGUGUCAACCAUAACUUUGUGUCUCAGAGGUGUCUGAGGAAAAGAGAUUCAUAUUGCCAGUCUCCUCUCUUCUAGACUAGAUGCCCUUCAACCCCUUUGGGCU